CCCCGGCCCCGCCAGUCGUCUCGUUACAGUGCCGGAGACCGCACGCACCGCUUCGCGCCCAAUGUCAAAAGGACGCAAGAAUUGAACCGGUGUUCGAAAUACAAAAUAAAAAGUUGAAAAUCGCGUUCGUAACGAAUGAAUAACGGAAUUUGUUGAAAAUGCCUUUGCCGUUUAACAAGAGUUUGGACUUGAAAUUGUUAGGUUUAGUGAAAGAGAACUGUAUAUUGUAUAAUACUAAACAUCCGAGGUAUUUGGAUUUUGAUGCCAGAGAAGUAGUUUGGCAGAAGAUUGGGGAUGCCCUUAACAGAUCCGACCAAGUGUGCAAAGCACGCUGGAUCAACAUUCGCGACAUGAUGCGUCGUAAGAUCCGCGAAAGACUACGGAACCCUCAACAUCGUUCAUACAACUACAAGUAUGAAGAAGAGAUGUCCUUCAUGAUCCCAUACUUUAAGGACUCUAAUACUAGCAACGAGGAAUAUACUGACUUUAUCGAAGAGGACACACCCUGCGAUGAGAUCUCACCAUCCGACGUAUUCGCCGACGUGGAAUCCUACCAGCCUAAAGAAUCUAAACCAGUCAUCAGCAACAUGAAACCCAAGGAGGAUUUCCCGAACCAAUACCAAGAUCUAAACCCAACUGAUCCUAUAGACGUGUUCCUGAUUACUAUAGGAUCUACGCUGAGGAGAUUUAGUCCGUAUUACUUGAAUCAGGCGAAGAGUAAGAUAUUUCAGGUUGUGCAGGAUUAUGAGCUGCAGCAGAUUAUGAAUAAAGAUGAUAGUUUGAAUGCUUCGAGCAGUGAUGCUAGGUAGUUAAGGUUGUAAGUU